GGGACAGAGAGAGAGAGAGACUGAAAGACUGGAGGCCAUUGAUAGCAGCUUAUGGAGUGUUUUUCAGUGUGUGAAUACCUGCAUACGAUAUUUGGAAAUUACUGCAAGUAACCCCCACUGUCUGUGUGACACGUUAAUUAGCGUUUCCUCUUUCUGCUUCAGUCUGUGUGGUCAUUGUCUGUGUGUUCUCAACAAGAAAGACACACAACAGGAGAGCAUAGAGGCAGAGAGGCAGGCGGAGCUACAGACAGACAGAGCUACAGAGCAGAUCACAAAAAGGAGAUUAGAGCAGAGGCAGCUGAAAGGAUAUCAAAAGCAGUAAACAGUUUGUUGAAGGUGGAUAUGGCCAGGUUAGAUGUCACAGAGAUGUUUCAUGGCAUUUCGUUUCCUGGACACCUGCACACUCAGGAUUCCUUGAAAUAUGCUGUCAGCUUUCCAUUUCUGGAUACGGAUAUUCUCAUAGUGUCUUAUCCAAAGUCAGGUACCACAUGGCUACAGGAAGUUGUGACUCUCAUACGCACCAGAGGGAACCCAGGGUUGUCCCAGACUGUUGAAAACUGGAAAAGAGCUCCUUGGUUGGAGCACUAUUAUAGCUCUGCUCUGCUGGAGGCCUUACCUACUACAGCUCGAGUCAUCACUACACACUUGCCUCAUCACCUGCUGGGCCCUGCCCUCCAGCACUCCAAAACCAAGGUCAUCUAUGUGAGCAGAAAUCCUAAAGAUGUGGUCGUGUCCUUUUACCACUUCCACAAAAUGGCCAACUUCCUCCCUGAGCCUCAUUCAUUUCCAGAUUUUUUGGACCGAUUCCUGGAUGAAACAGUUUCUUUCGGUUCCUGGUUUGACCACAUUAAAGGCUGGACCAGUCAGAUUAAUAGCAAUCUGCUUCACAUCACCUAUGAAGAAAUGUCGCUGGAUCUGCACGGCACCAUAAAGAAAAUAAGCUCGUUCCUUCAGUGUCCCCUGGUGGAGGACGAGGUCAACAACUGCGUGAAACACUGCAGCUUCAGCAGCAUGAAGGAAAACAAGAUGAUCAACUACACUCUCGUCCCUCAGCAAAUAAUGGACCACAGCAAGGGCUCCUUCAUGAGAAAAGGUAAAGUGGGAGACUGGAAAAACAUGUUCACAGAGGAGGACAGUAGAAAAUUUGAAACCGUCUUCACCUCAAAGAUGAUGGAGAACAGCACUUUAGAGUUUGUGUGGGAGUAGUGGUCCUACAGACCACGAGAGUAUAGAUCACAUCAACUGAUCCCUUUCAAACUAGUUAAUCAUUUAUGUGUGGAUUACAGUAUAUGUUAACCCUUCACUUGUUUUGUGAUAAUUAUGUUUUGAAUUCUUUAAUUAUGUUGUUCAUGUGAAACCUACAGUGAUGCUUUUGAGGUUGUCUUCUUCUUCUUUUUCUCCUUUUU